GUGGGAGAAAUGAUUCAAUCCGAGUGGAAAGAUUAUGCAGCACUCUCGUGUCAAGCUGUCAAUGUGCUGCUUAUUUUAUUAUUGGGUUUAAAAUUCGGAACUAAAUUAUCGGUCAAAUUGGUCCUGAUAGGAAUGAUGGUUUUUCUGUGGUCAGCAGAAAUCAUUCUGAUGUGUUGUGACUUCCAAAAGUCAUGUUAUAUUUUAAUUGGCUUCGUUAUUCUCGAAGACUUCUUGACUAUUAUCUUCUGCUCCUUGACUAAAAGAUUCAAGAAAGGAGUAACAAUUGCACUAUUGUGCAUUACAGUGGCUUGUUUCGUGGUUGCUUUAUGUAUGAUUUAUAUAGAAGAGCUGGGU